GUGGUCUACAGGUUUUGUGUUUUGUCCUCAUAGGUGUUGGAGGAAAUCUGGUUGCCAUCCAGGCCAGCCGUAUUUCUACAUUCCUGCACUUCUGGAGCAUGCCUGGAGUUUUGCCGUACAAGAUGAGGCAGAACUGGCCCAACCCAUGCGCCACAUUCUUCUCAUCAGAGGUGAAUUCCAAGUCAGCCCGGGUCCUGUUCCUCCUGGUUAUCCCAGGGCACCUCGUGUUCCUCUACACCAUUCAUCUGCUGCAGGGAGGCCACACAUCUCUGUCCUUCACCUUUGUGAUGUUCUAUCUGACUGCUGCUUUGCUGCAGGUGGGAAUCCUGCUCUACGUGGCUGACCUAAUUGUGCGUCUGAUGUGGAGGAAGUCUCUGGAUCCAGAUAAUUUCUCCAUCCCCUACCUCACUGCCCUGGGGGAUCUCCUGGGCACUGGAUUCCUGGCCAUCUGUUUCCGUCUGGUUUGGCUUGUCCAUGGUGCAGACAUGAACCGGGGGAACUGA